AUGCUCGGCAGAGCACUGCAUCGCCUGACGUCUCACACUCACUGCGCUCGAAGACGCAUGUCAAGCUCGUACAAUGGCUUGUCAGCCGCUCAGAAAACGCAUGCGACGUCUUUCCAGACCACAAUUUUGCCUGUGUGUGUAGAUGCGAUCACCUUCAAUGGUGAUGUGCCUGAGAUCCACGAUGCCGAAUCGAGCAAGCAUAUCGACCGAGCAGCGCAUGUUCUCAAGUCGGGCGGUAUGGUUGGCCUUCCAACAGAAACAGUCUAUGGCUUGGGCGCGGCAGCCUUGAACGAGCAGGCAGUACCUCAUAUCUUUGCCGCCAAGGGCAGGCCAAACGAUAACCCGCUCAUUGUACAUAUUGCCAGCCAGUCAUGGCUUUCUGAGCUUGUCCAGCCCGACUGGCCCGUGCAUGCAGCGUAUCGCGCACUCAUGGAUGCGUUCUGGCCAGGACCUCUGACGCUGCUCUUUCCUGUCAGGGCAGACAGAGUGCCAGCUUGUGUUACUUGCGGUCAGAAGACUGUCGGUAUCCGCUUUCCUUCGCAUCCCGUCGCGCGCGCAAUCAUCCAUCGCAGUGGUACGCCAAUCGCAGCUCCCAGCGCAAAUAGAUCAGGCCGGCCAAGUCCGACGACGGCAGCGCAUGUCAUGACUGAUUUGCAAGGUCGUUUGGAGCUCAUCGUUGAUGGCGGGCCCUGUCAAGUUGGUCUUGAGAGUACCGUCUUGGACGGCACGACUUGGUCCCGAGAUCGAGUGCUCAAUAUACUGAGACCUGGCAAAGUCAGUCCAGAGGCAGUAGAAGCUUGCAUGCGGUCCAGCAAGCUCGAAGCCACUGUUCGCUUGUAUGCGCGCGAUUAUAGGGAUGCUGAAACCGAAGCAAAGCCCUCGACGCCAGGCAUGAAAUAUCAGCAUUAUUCGCCCUCGGUGCCAGUCUUCCUGCUUCGCAAGGCCGCGCAUGAUCAGGACGCUUCCAAUAACGCUGCAAUGAUGGCUGCUUUACCGGCAAGCCUGAAACGCAUAGGCGUCAUGACGACUGAUGGCUCAGAUCUGCCAUCAGCCCUCGCACACCGCUUCAAUCGGCCGGUCGCAUCUGAGCUGUAUACAUUAGGCCCGGCGACAGAUCCAAAUUCUCGCUCGCAACGCCUCUUCGCUGGUCUGCGUCAUCUGGACAGCCUUGCUGUCGAUGCUAUCUUUGUCGAAGCGUUUGACUCAGCUGAUAGCAAUACCGUGCAAUGGUGCGCUAAACGAUACAGCCUGGUCCAGCGUGACAAGUGCGAAAUGGCAAACAAGAGAGAGAGAGAGCGCGAUGCGAGAAGUCUUUCGGCGGACUUCGAAUACAGGUCGGUGCGAGGUUGCGAGAGGCGUGUAUGA